UUACCCGUUGUCGUUCCUGAAAGGAAAGCAAUGUCCAGAAACCUGAGUCACGCGUAAGGGAGCUCACCAAUCCAAGAGGUGGAAGAGCCACGCUGCAUCGCUCCGUUCUAUGCCCCAUCGCUUUGUUGCACGUAGAAACUCACCAAUUCGGAUCAGCUGCGUCCCUGUGUAUGUACGUGCCAAUCACAGGGGCAUUUGUCAUACGGAGGCCUUAACUUUACCGUCAACGUCCAGUCUCGCGAACGCCGCUGCGAUGGAACCAAAUCUCAGCUCAAUCUAAGGAGCAAAGAAAAGACUGCCGUGACACCUUUGGUUACCAUUCGUGUGAGCCAUUUGUGUACCAUAUGCUUUAGUUCUCGCAAGCUCUUCGCAUCUUCUGGUGUGAGCUUCGGCAGAAACCUGCUUCGUUCAGCCGCCAAUGCAAAGAAUGCCUCAAACUCAGCACAGGUCACGGACUCGCAUCUGUCCUGCAUGUGCAAGACACGUCUGUGAGGAACGAUGAACCACUAUCAGGCAGACCCGGUCCAGCUCUUCGAAGAGCUUUUCUGCGUCUGAAAGGUUUGACACAACCGCAGGCAGGUGGUACUGGUCCUAUCAGUUACCUAGAGUGAGGCUUUUACCUUCGGGAAUCAUGUCAAACAUCGCGGGGCACCUGAGAUUGAAGCAGAGAACAUCACUAGUGUUCAGGUGAACGGAGCUGGAGCUGACCAGGCAACAAGGUCUGCUUGAUCUAUCCGGCCAUCGUCUGGGGCAAACACGCAGGAACAGCCAAAUGGCUUAUCUCGAUAUGUCGCUGGCUUACUGUCUUCAUCAAUCAGGCGGAAUGCCACGUUUGGGUCACGGAACCGUCGAAUAACCCUCCUCCUGAACCUCUCGAGAGUCUGUGAGUCUUUAAACCAGCACGCCACCUUGUGUUGGAGUGUCCACAAGCGCAUUACCUUCGUCCAGCGCCUGAAGAUCCUCGUCUGCGUGUCUGGAAGGGCGCUUGUGGUGUGGCAACCAACAUGCGAGUGAGUUAUAGAAAUCGACAAACUCUCGCUCUCUCACAAAGCCAAAGGGAUACUGGUCAAGCAGCUCGAACACUCGGAACCCCAGAGACACGGAGAGGCGCAGCUGGGAUACGACGUUGGGCAACAUUGCUGCUCUAUGUGAUUGAUGUAUUCAUCUUACCUGGAGAUUGGUAAGUAAGGCCAAAAAAUCGUCUGAGAUUGGUGCCAAGCGAGGAGCGAAGUGUGUGCACACUCAACGCGGAGAAAAGAUGUGACGGUACCUGAAUUGAUGAUGCCGUCACUAUCGCCAUCGGCAUCUGAUGAAAGAGUUGGAUGCAUCCAUCAUGUGUUCCGCAUGAGCUUUGUCCGGCCGACGUUUAAAAGCAGCGGCGAGCGAGCCAUACUUAUCAAUCAUCGACCUGGAAGGAAGUGGGCCAAUUCACAAUGUCAGAUAGUAUCCUUCGAGUUCCUACUCGUGGAUGUCGCAGCAAGCCUGACGAACUGCAAGGACACAACAUAUGCUUAUUUCUGUCCAGAAGUACUGACGUAGUCGGUGAGCUCACGUUUGGCGAUGUCCUUAAAAGGCUCAUCGUCCCCUCCAUCCGCGCUGGCUGAUGCAACAUGCAUCGACUCGUCAGCUGCUUCGGAUCUGGCAAUGGAUAAACAAAUGAAUUGGAGCGACGUAGGAAGGGCAUGAACACGCGCAGACCGUGCACGGGAUGGUGUGCCUCGCUUGGUAAGCUGCAUCAGAUCAUCCUGCAGCAGACCCUCCAGGUCAUCACCAGGAAUGUGACACCUGCAGAAAAAGCGUGUCUUGCUUACGUAGAGACAAACUACACUCGGGCAUACCUUACGAACACCACGGCCAUCUCGUAGAUAUAUGCAGCGGAUGCCGUGUCAAGAAGAAACUCCAGCUCGCCACCCAUUACGCGAAAUGAAGCCACCACACUGCGACACUAAGAGUGAAGAACAAGAAUAUUAGGCAGUAUUGUGCGCAGAUAUCAACAAUUAAUCCUACCCAGUCCCUUCUUAGUUGCCUGUUGGCGAACUGGUCAAGCAUGUACGACCGUGGAUCUGUCGUGUCUUCAUUCAUCUCCUCCAUCAGGUCAGGCGCUUUGAGGCUCGCCUCUAGGUGAGCAAGCGCCUUGACUGCGUGGUGUAAGGCCUCAGCGUGCCUGUGAAGACAGUCGGCAUUGUGUUGGAUUCACCGACGCUGGCAUAUUCCUACUGACCUCUUCAUCUGUGAGAGCACAGCUGACAAAUUUGUCCGCGUGUGAGCCAAAAGCAGGCAUACUCCAGACCAGCUGUCCCGAGCGUCCCUGUCCGGCGUGACGAUGAUCUUGUCUGCUUGCUCAUGAGGUUUGCGAGGUCCCUCCUCAUUCUUUGUUUCAGCCCACUGAUAAUGGCGAUUCACUGCAGCAUCAUGUAGAAGCUGCAGAAAAGGCGCAGGAAGCACAACUUGAACUGCUGCUCCGGAUUGACAAUGAAUGUCAUGCAGGUACAACUUGCUCAAGGGGUCACAGAACUGACAUUACCACCUUUUCCAGCAACGACGCCUUUUGAAGGUACGACAGGGCGGAAUGGUGAUUGUUCAGCCUGUCGGAAACCAUUGUGACCGAACGGAGAUUCCAUGCAGGGCUGGCGUCACAGGCGCGUCUGCUUGGGUCACCCUCGAUGGUAUGCAGCAAACGCAUUCAAUAAAACCAGCUGGCACCGCGUGAACUCAAGUGGCAUUACACUACUCUGAAUGCACAGCAAACACACUGGGCCAACUCCACUACAGACCCAAGUGGUAGCUACUUACGUGUUGAUACGAUCUUUUCCACGCUGCAAGGGCCUCCUCCGCUGCCCGAAGACUGUUCAUGGCGUCCGAAAACCGACUCGAGUUUAUCAGCAAGGCCACUCGGUGGGUUGCAUCGUCGACGACGCGGUAGAAAUGGAUCUGGAUUGCAAUUGCUGGAUUGAGUUAAAAGGGCCAUGUGCUUCUCUUCUCUGUCACUCACCUCCUGGGGGUCCAGUUGCGAGACUCUCGUCUCGUCAUCCUCAUUGCGCUCCGCCUUCGACAACGCCCUGCACAGCUGAUAGAACAUAGACAAACAUUGGGACAGAUCAAUGUCGUGUGUUUCGGCUUGAAGCUCUUACGUCAUCGAAUGCGGUGAGCAAGGUUUUCCCUCGCAGCAACAGGUUCUCCAUUUGGAUGUCGCUACAGACUCUUGCAGGAACUGAGAAACGGAACAGGGGGCGAUUCGGAAGAGGACUUGGGGCCCAACUUGCUCAAUCCGGGAUGAAGUGGUCCGGCUGUCGAGCUACGCGUUCGCGUUUCGGGCAAUGCGUGAAUAUGAGCUGGGGGCCGCAUGCAAAAGCCCCCGACAACGGAACUGAGGGGAUUGCGAGCUUGGCGACCGCGGUGGCAAUUCCGAGAAACGUAGAGUUCAUUGAGGAGGGCGUCAAAAAGUGGGAGCGCCGACGACAGGCCGGUGAAUGUGUCUGUGUGAUGGACAGGGAUACGUGGACCGCAGACCGACCGGAUGGCAUGCAACAUACGUGAUGUGCACACACACAGAAAAUCUGAGGGAUGUGUAGCGAGUUGUAGUCGCCCAGAUGUCUGUCUGUGCGACCUCGCCCAUUGACCAUUGGCAAGUCGUCGCUUGCUGGCUUUGAUUUGCAAACCUUCAUGAUCGUUGCUGCAUUGCAGAAGGGGGGGUGCAGCCUUCGCGGCCGCCUCCCCUAGCGGACAUUGCUGCAAACACCUGAUCGAAGAAAUCAACACACGGAAGAAUGGCACUCGAGGCCAGUCCUGCCGCAUAGAUGGGUGAAG